GGGUAUAUUCCCACAACCUGGGAGGGACUACUUCUUGUGGCUUUAGAACUCUUGCGAAAUACCGUUUAUGUCAACCUCCGUUAUUAGACGCCAGGUACCCUAAUUUGAUCUUCUAUAUGAAGAAUUUCUUGCAAUUCCUUUUAGAUAUUAUCAUCUAUCAUUUUGACGCGCGCUCGCCCAGACUAAUAUUCUACAUCAACCCCCCUAUCAGGACAAUAAGAAAUCUGAUACUUCCAGCCUGGACUCUUCUAUCCUACCCUCUCCUCUUUUCUGGAUCCAAACAACUAUAAAUUUCAUCUAACCUUUUGAAAAGCUCCCAAGCUUUGCGGCAAAAAUAUAGGAGAACCCCGCGAUCAUCAUCGCCCUAGUCGACACCUCACAGUGUUAUACGCCUCCGACUUCGGUUUCGCAGAGUCUGGAAAACAUUAAAUCCAAAAAUUUACAAUCACUUUUACAUUUAACAAUAUUGGAAUCAUCACCCAUCAUUCCUCUAUUUUUUGACGUCGAAUAUUUGAAUAAUCCGCAAAAACUGGAUUUCGGUUACAGCUAUUGCUGUGAAUGUCCCGCGAACACCAUCUGUUCUAUCAAUCUCCUCAUAUUUAAACUCCUCCGAAUCGAAAUUUCGAAAAUUUUCCUCUUUCAUCCUUACAAACAAUUUUAUUACAUGCAAUACGCCUCUUUAAUCCCUAACAUUAUCUUCGGAAACUCGAGGCCAAAUUCACUUUGUCAAGCAUUCCUCAAAAUAUUUUUGUCAAAGACUUCACUACAAACCACACACCUUCCCGGUACGGAACUUCUUGCUUGAAGGAUUACUUCGAGAGUUUAGAGGUAGACAAGAGGAGAUAAAUCCCAUAGAGACCUGGCUUUCACCAAACUUCCGUCAACUUAUGAUACUAUCAUUACCCUACUCCAUCUCGAGAGUACUCACAAUAUCUGGAGGAGCAACGGGAACAAACGGAUACCUAACCCUACAAAACUGAUCAAAGCAGUGCCUUUUUACCAGUAAGCAGGAUCGGAGCAGAUACGCCUACAGCUCACAAUCUGAAACUUUAAUUUUGAAUCUAAGCAUUAUUGGUCAUCUACUGUGAACAUGGUAGGCGUGAAAACAUGGACCGAGGACGGGAUUUGGUUUGUUCUCCUGGCAUCCAAAAUUCUCUCGCCGUCUUCCACCCAAAAAAGUAAACCAGGCAGGUUCUUCACGGAUGAAGCAAUCGGACUUCUCUGCAAGAAAAAUAUUAAGGACUUGCGUCAUACACCAAAUGCAGCGAGCGUUAGAUAUGCUCGUACUCAGAAACCAGAGGCACAACCCUCUCCAGCAGUUCUAGAAAUUAUUGAGCAACUACGCAGUUCAAUUUCUCAAGCUCAAGACAGCACAAAUGGCAGCAUACUUGAGAAUCCACGACAUGGCACUAUGGCACCCCAAAGACGAAGUUCCUCAGGAGGUUCUAGCAAUACUAGUUCAAAUACGAUGUCAACAAUACCAAUGGGCCCUCUCACUCCGUCGCAACCUAGAAGAAUCGACAAUUGGAAUAGUAGCGAAGCUGGUCAAUUUACUCCCAACAGAUCCCACACCAUGAGCAUGAGUGCAAGUGGGCCAUUAAAUUCUGCUCAGCUUGAAGUACCACAAGAAAUCUACCCGUAUGGUCGAGGGCAUGAAAAUGGUGUUCUGCUAGCCAAUACCUACCAACAACAACAUGGAAGUGGUCCACUUGGCAAUGGAAGUCGCCGACAACAACCAAGACAGGUACACUCUGCAAUGACUAGAUCAACUCCAUUGUGGUAUCCUGGUGCCGAAGUUUCAUCCUUAAUGAGACAAGCAAAGGGCAAUGGUCAAGAAAUGAAUGCUUACAUGCAGAAUGGAGGUGGUGCUCUAGAGUAUUCGCAACACACAUCACCGGGUACUAUGUAUCAAUUUUAUGGCAAUCAAAUGGGCCCAGACACACCCCCAAUUCAAUCUUACGGCCAUGAAACACCUAUGGACUCGCCACACUCAACAAAUUACGGGAAUUAUACACAAGGCUUAUCAGGUCUGGGUAUAAAUGGAAUACCAAUACCAACAGGCCCUAUUGAUGUUGGAACUUCUUCUUAUCCACAUGGUGCACCUUCGUAUGGUCAGUUCAAUGCAUGCAUGAUGCCACAAAAUCGACGCUUUUAUGGGGAAACAGUGCCACAUGAUGGGUUGCCGUCUACAAAUCAGUAUUCCCCACAACAACAAUACAGUACUGAAUAUCCCUUUCCACCAUCAAAUGUUGAUUUGGAUGGUAUGGAAGUUGUGCCUCAAAGAUCUCAUGGUCUCUCACAAGUCAUAAUGAAUGAUUCCAACUUCGCCAACCUUUCACCUCUCGGUCUUGCACAAUCCAUAUUCACCAGUCCUAGUGACAUUAGUGGCUCAAGUAAUGAUUUCAUUGAGCCUCUUGACAGCCAAUCUAAGUCAAACGAUCUUGAAGAACAAGGGGUUUUUACCUAUCAAGUUGAAAUCAUUUCUCAAGAACCACAGCCAUCUGUGAGCACAGAAAAGGGGAAGAAAAGAAGUGUUGACGAGGCCGAGAUAUCCGAUAUCAAUUCUGAUGGAAGUUAUGAGAGGCGCAAGAAAAAGCACAAUAGUCAGGAUAAGGAUUGUUCUGAGCAACUAAAUUCCAAUGACCAAAACGCAAGAUAUGCGAGGGGAUUGUCUGAAAAACUACCAGACAAUGCUCGAAAGCUUUGUAUUGCUGCUUCAAGUGGUAGUCCGAUCGAUUCCUCUGUUAUUGCUCUCGACGUCACUUCGGGUGCUGUUGUAGCUUCCGGAGUUGACCCAGCUACACACAGUCUAAAUGAAGCUGGGUUAUCUCCCAUUUCUACGAACUUGACCAUUGAUUCAGGCGAUCCAACAAACACCAAAGUCAAUGACUCGCCCCAUGAAAUGCCAAGUUUGAAGUCGCAAGGAAUUUUCCACGAGUCAGUUGAGAUAUUUCCUCAUCAAGAGGAUGUUACUGCGACCAGAAACUCCAAUGGUAUAGAGGACGAAUCUCUCAGCGUGGAAGAUUUCCUCGGCCAUUCGGACUAUUUUGAUGAUAUAUACUACAGUUUGACCACGAGUUUUCACGAAAUGUCAGAUGAGGUUAUUCAAGCGAACUACGCUUAUUUGCUUGAUCAGAUUUGAGAGUCAGAUCCAUAUAUUUCGAAGCCUUACGAGCCCUAUUUCAUUCGUCGAAGUUAGCAAGUUUGUCUAUUCAUUUCCAUUCACAGUGCUACUACGAUUUAGUUCCAACUAUAAACCCCUGGUGGAGUUAAAUUUGAUCGGUACUGGUCAUACUGCGAUUUGCCAUCCAUUGCAUUGGUUGUGUUAGAACAUCAUCACGAUUGGGGAGUAUUAAAGAAGAGCAUAUGGAUAUUUCGGCCGGGUUUGGGUAUCAUGGAUAGAAUCGAGGAUAUUAUUAUAACAAGAGGAAUUUAUUCAGGACAUAAUUGGAUAACAUGGUUGGAUAACAUGGUACUUGAAGAAGUAUCAUUUCAUAACAUACUUGGGAAUUGAGUUGGAACUCAUGCAUUGUGUCUUUCGGCGAGGAGUUCGAAAUCUUUUCAAGGGUUGGGUUAAGAUAUUCUUUAUGUGGUGGGAUCAAUAUGCUCUUUUGGUGGUGGAAUUUGAUGAAGAACUUUGGCGGGUGAGCUUACCAGGUAUUAUUAUCUGUGAUAGUACAUAGAAAGCAUCCAUUUACUCAAUCUAUUCAUGCGCCCA